CGUUAUAUGCAUUUUUUCUUUUUUACACCCCCACCGGCUGCUCAAAACAUUUUUACAGACAUAAAAUUCAACAAGCUUCCACCGAUUUAUCCUGGUGCUCGAUUUAUUGUUUAUUGCAUUUUAGAAAAAGGUGUUGAAGCUU